UCAUGCUAAGCAUCAAGACGACUUUCUAGAUGACACUAAAGAUGGACUCUUCUCCAGGCUUGCUGGCUGCGAUACUUCUCAUACUCGGAAGGACCCAUGGAGACUCUGUGACUCAGACUGAAGGCCAGGUGACCAUCUCAGAAAGCAAAUCCUUGACAAUUAAUUGCACGUAUUCAGCUACAAGCAUAGCUUACCCUGCUCUUUCCUGGUAUGUUCAAUAUCCUGGAGAAGGUCUACAACUCCUCCUCAAAGUCAUUACGGCUGGCGAGAAGGGAAGCAGCAGAGGGUUUGAAGCUACCUAUGAUAAAGGGACCACCUCCUUACACUUGCGGAAAGCCUCGGUGCAGGAGUCAGACUCGGCCGUGUACUACUGUGCUCUGGGUGACACAGUGACAGAAACCACAGGGGAAGCUGAGCACAAACCGAGAGGGGUGGCUGGCCAGACCCAAGUGGAGCAGAGUCCCCAGUCCCUGGUUGUCCGUCAGGGAGAGAGCUGUGUCCUGCAAUGCAGCUACACUGUGAUCCCCUUCAACAACUUAAGGUGGUACAAACAAGACACAGGCAGGGGUCCUGUGUUCCUGACAGCCCUGACUCACAAAGAAGACAAGACAUCAAAUGGGAGAUACUCAGCCUCUCUGGAUGAAGAUGCUAAGCACAGCACCCUGAACAUCACAGCUUCCCUGCUGGAUGACACUGCCACCUACCUCUGUGUGGUGGGCGCACCGUGCUCCCCAGACACUCACAGCCAGUACUGA